AUGGCACAUUGGUCGGACUGGAUUGGCUUUCCUCCCUCACCGCCCUGCACACGCUGUAUGCUCGCCCUGCCACCCGUGCUCGCCCUGCCACCCAUGCUCGCCCUGCCAUCCAUCCUCGCCCUGCCGCCCAUACUCGCCCUGCCACCCAUACUCGCCCUGCCACCCAUCCUCGCCCUGCCGCCCAUACUCGCCCUGCCACCCAUGCUCGCCCUGCUACCCAUGCUCGUCCAGGAAGACAUGUCAUUGCGCAUGCUGUUGGCUUUCCACUCAUUCCUUCCUUUAGCCGUGGUGCACGCCACAUUGUGCCCGCAACUCAUGCUCACUGCGCCAACUCAUGCCCACUGCGCCAACUCAUGCCCACUGCGCCAACUCAUGCCCACUGCGCCAACUCAUGCACACUGCGCCAACUUUUGCCCACUGCGCCAACUCAUGCCCACUGCGCCAACUUUUGCCCAUGCAUACGUGCAUGCCACACUGCCCUCCUGCCACCAGGAGUCUGAUUGGCUUGGCAGAAUUCAUAGGGGACUUGUCCUCCCUGCACAUUCUUUCUCAAUUGCAAAGCCUUCAAGAUCUCUGGUCCUCGCUGGUCAAUUUGGCGGACCUGUGAGUUACUGCUUGUGCUGCCAUCCUUCCUUCCAUGCCGUCCUUCCUUCCAUGCCGUCCUUCCUUCCAUGCCAUCCUUCCUUCCAUGCCAUCCUUCCUUCCAUGCCGUCCUUCCUUCCAUGCCGUCCUUCCUUCCAUGCCGUCCUUCCUUCCAUGCCAUCCUUCCUUCCAUGCCGUCCUUCCUUCCAUGCCGUCCUUCCUUCCAUGCCAUCCUUCCUUCCAUGCCAUCCUUCCUUCCAUGCCAUCCUUCCUUCCAUGCCAUCCUUCCUUCCAUGCCGUCCUUCCUUCCAUGCCAUCCUUCCUUCCAUGCCAUCCUUCCUUCCAUGCCAUCCUUCCUUCCAUGCCAUCCUUCCUUCCAUGCCGUCCUUCCUUCCAUGCCAUCCUUCCUUCCAUGCCGUCCUUCCUUCCAUGCCGUCCUUCCUUCCAUGCCAUCCUUCCUUCCAUGCCAUCCUUCCUUCCAUGCCAUCCUUCCUUCCAUGCCAUCCUUCCUUCCAUGCCGUCCUUCCUUCCAUGCCAUCCUUCCUUCCAUGCCAUCCUUCCUUCCAUGCCAUCCUUCCUUCCAUGCCAUCCUUCCUUCCAUGCCGUCCUUUCUUCCAUGCCAUCCUUCCUUCCAUGCCGUCCUUCCUUCAAUGCCAUCCUUCCUUCCAUGCCAUCCUUCCUUCCAUGCCAUCCUUCCUUCCAUGCCGUCCUUCCUUCCAUGCCAUCCUUCCUUCCAUGCCGUCCUUCCUUCCAUGCCGUCCUUCCUUCCCGUCCUUCCUUCCAUGCCAUCCUUCCUUCCAUGCCGUCCUUCCUUCCAUGCCGUCCUUCCUUCCAUGCCAUCCUUCCUUCCAUGCCAUCCUUCCUUCCAUGCCAUCCUUCCUUCCAUGCCAUCCUUCCUUCCAUGCCAUCCUUCCUUCCAUGCCGUCCUUCCUUCCAUGCCAUCCUUCCUUCCAUGCCGUCCUUCCUUCCAUGCCGUCCUUCCUUCCAUGCCGUCCUUCCUUCCAUGCCAUCCUUCCUUCCAUGCCGUCCUUCCUUCCAUGCCAUCCUUCCUUCCAUGCCGUCCUUCCUUCCAUGCCGUCCUUCCUUCCCGUCCUUCCUUCCAUGCCAUCCUUCCUUCCAUGCCGUCCUUCCUUCCAUGCCGUCCUUCCUUCCAUGCCAUCCUUCCUUCCAUGCCAUCCUUCCUUCCAUGCCAUCCUUCCUUCCAUGCCGUCCUUCCUUCCAUGCCAUCCUUCCUUCCAUGCCAUCCUUCCUUCCAUGCCGUCCUUCCUUCCAUGCCGUCCUUCCUUCCAUGCCGUCCUUCCUUCCCGUCCUUCCUUCCAUGCCAUCCUUCCUUCCAUGCCGUCCUUCCUUCCAUGCCGUCCUUCCUUCCAUGCCAUCCUUCCUUCCAUGCCAUCCUUCCUUCCAUGCCGUCCUUCCUUCCAUGCCGUCCUUUCUGCCAUGCACCGUUCUGUUCAUGAUGACACUCUCUAG